AACUCCCGGGAGAGCAUGGCCCACGAGGAGGACUCUAGGUGGACGCCCUGGCUCCCUGUCCUGGUGGUGUCCCUGAUGUGCUCGGCCAGAGCCGAGUACUCCAACUGUGGCGAGAACGAGUACUACAACCAGACCACGGGCCUGUGCCACCAGUGUCCCCCCUGUGGGCCAGGGGAGGAGCCAUACAUGUCCUGUGGCUACGGCACCAAAGAUGAGGACUACGGCUGCGUGCCCUGCCCAGCAGAGAAGUUUUCCAAAGGAGGCUACCAGAUCUGCAGACGCCACAAAGACUGCGAGGGCUUCUUCCGGGCCACCGUGCUGACACCGGGGGACAUGGAAAAUGACGCUGAGUGUGGGCCAUGUCUCCCUGGCUACUACAUGUUGGAAAACAGACCCAGGAACAUCUACGGCAUGGUCUGCUACUCCUGCCUGCUGGCUCCCCCCAACACCAAGGAAUGUGUGGGAGCCACUUUGGGGGUUUCUGCCAACUCCCCCAGUACCUCUGGCGGCAGCACCCUGUCCCCCUUCCAACAUGCCCACAAAGCAGAGCUUUCGGGCCAAGGACACCUGGCCACCGCCCUGAUCAUUGCCAUGUCCACCAUCUUCAUCAUGGCCAUCGCCAUCGUCCUCAUCAUCAUGUUCUACAUCAUGAAGGCGAAGCCUUCAGCCCCAGCCUGCUGCACCAGCCCCCCAGGGAAGAGCGUGGAAGCCCCCGUGAGCAGGGACGAGGAGAAGAAGGAGGCCCCAGACAACGUGGUGAUUUUCUCUGAGAAGGAUGAAUUUGAGAAGCUGACAGCGACUCCGGCAAAGACCACCAAGAGUGAGAACGACGCCUCCUCUGAGAACGAGCAGCUGCUGAGCCGGAGCGUGGACAGUGAUGAGGAGCCGGCGCCUGACAAGCAGGGCUCCCCGGAGCUGUGCCUGCUGUCGCUGGUGCACCUGGCCAGGGAGAAGUCUGCCACCAACAACAAGGCAGCCGGGAUCCAAAGCAGAAGGAAAAAAAUACUGGAUGUGUAUGCCAAUGUGUGCGGUGUCGUCGAAGGUCUCAGCCCCACAGAGCUGCCGUUUGAUUGCCUCGAGAAGACAAGCCGAAUGCUCAGCUCCACGUACAACUCUGAGAAGGCUGUUGUGAAAACCUGGCGCCAUCUUGCUGAAAGCUUUGGACUGAAGAGGGACGAGAUUGGGGGCAUGACAGAUGGCAUGCAGCUCUUCGACCGCAUCAGCACGGCGGGCUACAGCAUCCCAGAGCUGCUCACAAAACUGGUGCAGAUUGAGCGGCUGGAUGCUGUGGAGUCCUUGUGUGCAGACAUCCUGGAGUGGGCCGGGGUGGUGCCCCCCGCCUCCCCACCCCCCACUGCGUCCUGAGGAGCGUGCUUCGGACUCUCCUCCCUGGAUGAGCCAGGCAACCCACAAGGCCUCUGCAGCUGUGAGUGGUGCCAUCCGCCUGCCACAAUCCGGGCUCUUCCUGAUGUGUCACUGUAUGCCUUCAGCUGCUCCGAGGAGCAAGGGGAAGUGAGGCCUGUCUUCCAGUCCAACAAAAGAGAAAGGAUUAAAGCUGGAGGCUCAGCUCCCCACUUGACCUCACCAGACAGAACGCAUAUUUAUUGAUCGAUUGGGCCGGCCAGCCAGCCUACCAGAAAUCCACUCAACAGACUCUGUUGGGGACUCAAACCACAUGGGGACCACAGAAGUGAAGACUCUGACCCUGCUUUAAGGAGCUUACACUCAGUGGGAGACGGAAGACACGUCUACAAACCGCUUCACCAGAAGAGAUCAAAUGAGCUAAAAGAGGGAGACUGAGAAAAGGUAAUGAAGAUGCGAAGAAGUGUGGUUUCCCACAGGGGGAUGAAGGAGGGCCCCGUGAAGAAAACAGCUCAGAAACUGUGGCCACGUGGUUACCAAGAGCAGAUUCCCACAUGGUCUGCUGGUGUCCCUGUGGUUUCACGGGGAUAAGCUGAGCUGUCCUCGGGGUCACCCUCGUUCCUACAGGCUGUCCAGUGGAAGCUCUCACUCUGUCCUACUGUGACAUGCAAGUCGUGUGUCUGUCCGACCACGCAGACACGGGGUUCUUGACUGCAGGCCUCCUAGGCCUAGGAAGUGAGCGUUCUAGAUCAUGUGUGAAUGGCCUUCCACCCUCGUCCUUAGGCCAACGUGACCCUCGGGGGCAGCAACACUCAAGAACACAAGCAGCCUAAGUUAUGAUGUGGUCAGGCGAUAUUUUUGCUUUAAACGGAUACGAGUGGUCACCUCUGCUUAAGUACAUGAAGACAUCCUGAGAGUUCAGCCGUACACAGUUCUAGAUGUCAAGAGCGUCCGAGACGGGCAGAUGAGGUCCUGUUGUGAGGGUUUCCAGACUCAGCUGUCUGAGCCAGUCAGGGACAGUGGAGCCGGGGUGCGAUGCAGAGCCUGAGACUGGGUCCUGGGCCAUUUUCUUCUCCAUCCUGAGCUUCAGUUUGACUUUCGCAAACGAGAGUUUGGCCUUUAUUUCUGUAGUCAAGAAAAGUCAGGCUUAGGUGGGCAAAACAGAACGUGAAGCCAGGAGUGGUGGGUACCCACCUGCCAUCCCACUGACUUGGGAGGCUGAGGCAAGAGGAUCUCAGAUUCGAGACUAGUCUUAGCAACUUUGCAAGACCCUGUCUCAAAGGCCGGGGGGUGUGGCUCAGUGGUACCAUGCCCUGGGUCCAAUCCCCAGUCAAAACAAAUGAAGAAAGAAAGAGAAGAAGAGAAAGGAACACUGCGGGAGACGCCUGGCCUGGAGUCACUGCAGGGAGCACAUAAAGUGUGGGCAUGGAGCAGAAGGGGAGUGAAACAGGAAAGCUCACCACUGGCAUCUUCACAUAACUGCGAUGUUCGACUCAACAUUGAUAGAGAUAAAGCUAAUAAACUGGCAUUGUUCUGGCAGAUUCUCUAAUUCCACCUGCAGUUGGCAAGAGCUGGGGGGGCCAGGGUAGUGAUCACACCGGGGGGUUAAUGUUGAGCUUGCGGCCGGGCCCCCUCCUGAUAGGUCUGACUGUGGUGAUUACUAAAUGAAAAUAAAGUCCCUGACUUAUAAAGCGAUGCUUUUAAAAUCAUAAGUCGCAUGACUGAACAAACGCUUUGGGGGAAAUCAGUCGUAUGUUUAAAGCCAACAAGCAAUUUCCCACCGCUGAAUGUAGAACCUACUGUGAGAGGAUCAUAAUUAGGUCCUGAAUAUUUAAUGUCAUCAUUUACUGUGUCUGUUUGCUGCUGUGUUUUUUUU